CAGCUUCAUCGGGGUCUUCUCUGGCUGUUCCAAUCAUUCAUCCACCAAAGUUGCCACCAGGUUAUGCCGAGAUUAAAGGAACUGGGGGUCAAAAUGAAAGCAAAAAUGUCAAUUGGCAGGGAGAAGUGCCGUAAAGAGGCAUAGAGGUCAUGCGUCUUCAACCUAUGGUGAGGAUUGAAGAAGGGUUCCCUUUAAUAGUUUCAGAUAAGGUGCCAAUUUAAUAAAUUUGCUCACUUCAAACACUAUAUCUCCCUUUCCCUCUGAUACACAGAAACUAGGCUAGAUCUGCAUUUGGCAUUUUGCCUUGUGUAUUUGAGAACUCAAAGAUGCUGCUGCUCUGGCCGGUUUCCACCUCACUAGCGUCCUUGCAGCAUAGCAGAUUUCAUGUCACCCACAACAGAAGCAUACCCCACGGCCCACUCAAGGUGUUGGCCAUGGCAAAAGAGAGCAGCGAUAGCAGCAGCAACGGGGUUGCAGAGAAAGCAGCAAUAGCAGGGGGCUUGGUGUCAACCCCAGUGAUCUUAUGGUCCCUCUACACGCUCAAGACAACCGGGUGUGGCCUCCCUCCGGGGCCAGGAGGUGCAAUAGGUGCGCUAGAGGGCGUGAGCUACUUGGUGGUCUUUGGGAUUGUGGGUUGGUCGUUGUACACCAAAAUCAAAACUGGCUCCGGUCUGCCUAAUGGUCCUUUUGGUUUGCUGGGAGCUGUUGAAGGAUUAUCAUAUCUGUCUUUGGCUGCCAUUUUGGUUGUGUUUGGGUUGCAGUUUCUGGAUAAGGGCUCUAUUCCAGGGCCUCUGCCAAGUGAUGAGUGCUUCGGCUGACCAUUACUAAUUACAACAGUCACUUUCUCUAAAAUGUAGGUAUAUGCAUAUAAGUGAAUUACAAUUCUAUCUUCUAUUUAUGGCCAUGAUUCAUCUCCAAGCUUUUUACUUGCAUGUAGGAAUCUUGUUUGAUAUUUCAUGGAUAAUUAGGAUACGCUGCUUUGAAUUAAUUGUGGACGAUAAUCCUAACUAAAACUGUACGUUAUAACAUUACAUAUAUAUAUAUAUAUAAUAAAGGAGUUUCAAAAAGUUUGAA